UGAGUCAGAUUAAAGUUAACUGGUAUUUCAAUCUCUGAUAGCAAGCCUUGCAGAUAGGAAAUUGAAUCAGUUGUGAGAUCUCCAAUACAAUCUUUGAUUAUGAAGUGCAGAUUGGGGAAAAAGGGGGCAUCAAAAGCAGUGAUAAAAUACAAACAGAAGUUCAAAAGAAUUCAACAUUUUACUAUUCCUUGAUGUUAAAUAAACUUUAAAAUAUUCAAAUCCACCAUUGCCACUUGCAUAAGAGCCAAGCCCAAACCCAUCAUUACCUCCGCACAGGCACACAUCACACACAUACUCUCCUUUUGCUGGAAAACCCAAUACUUUCUUCAACAAACCAUGUCUAUGACACAAACCCCCCACACCUUUCAACCAUGCUUCCUGUCACCACUAAAUACCACAACCUCCUCCGAAUGCGCCCACUCAAAACGCCCAACUCUUUCUAUUACUGCCUCUUCUUCCCCCACCAAGCUACUCUCUGGCCGGAAGCUACGCGUUGCAGUCGUUGGAGGCGGCCCAGCUGGCUCCUCUGCUGCGGAAGCCCUCACCUCUGGUGGAAUCGAAACUUUUCUCUUCGAGCGCAGCACUUCCACAGCCAAGCCCUGUGGCGGAGCCAUUCCUCUCUGCAUGCUCGACGAAUUCUCCAUCCCUCUCCACCUUAUCGACCGCCAUGUCACUCGCAUGAAAAUCAUUUCCCCUUCUAAUCUCACUGUUGAUUUUGGCUCCAAAACCCUCAAACCUCACGAGUCCAUCCCCAUGCUCCGCCGUGAAGUACUGGACUCCUUCCUCCGCUUUCGUGCCCAAUCAAGUGGCGCUCAUUUGAUUCCCGCCCUUGUCACGCAUCUCGAGGUCCCUUCCUCAUCAACCGAGCCUUACAUCAUCCACCACACGAGCAACAACACCAAACGCACCCUAGCCGUCGAUGUGAUCAUCGGAGCGGACGGAGCCAACAGCAGAGUCGCCAAAUCGAUAAAAGCUGGAAAUUACACUUGUGCCAUCGCUUUCCAAGAGAGAAUUAGAUUACCCGAAGAAAAAAUGGAAUACUACCAAAAUCUCGCAGAGAUGUACGUAGGAAAUGACGUGUCACCCGAUUUCUACGCGUGGGUAUUCCCCAAAUGCGACCACGUGGCAGUGGGCACUGGUACAGUGUGCGCGAAACCAGACAUUAAAGCAUACCAAAGAGGGAUCAGAGAAAGGGUAAGCCACAAGAUCAAUGGGGGGAAAGUGAUCAAAGUGGAGGCACACCCAAUACCGGAGCACCCACGUCCGACGAGGGUACGGGGUAGAGUAGCGCUGGUGGGGGAUGCGGCGGGAUACGUGACAAAGUGCUCUGGCGAAGGGAUAUACUUCGCGGCGAAGUCAGGAAGAAUGUGCGGAGAGGCGAUAGUGAAGGCUUCUGAGGGAGGGGAGAAGAUGGUAAGCGAAGAAGAUUUAAAAAGAGAGUAUUUGAGAGAGUGGGAUAGUAAGUUCAUGAAAACAUUCAGAUUCUUGGACUUGCUGCAGAGAGUGUUUUAUGGUAGUAAUGCAGCGAGAGAAGCAUUGGUAGAGCUAUGUGGAGAUGAGUAUGUGCAGAGAAUGACAUUUGAUAGCUAUUUGUAUAAGAAAUUGGCUAAUGGGGAUAGAUGGGAAGAUGUGAAGAUGGUUUUGAAUACUAUUGGGAGCUUGGUGAGGUGUAAGAUUGUGGAGAGGGAGAUGGAGGCCUUGAAGGUUUAAUUAGGCUUCAAAAUUGCAUCAUCUGCCAAUAGCAUUGGUUGUCUCGUUCGUCACUUGGUAGUAUAAAUUGUGUGACAUUAUGGCAAUGUGAAAUGCUUAUUGUGAAUAAACUGAAUUAGAGUGCCUGCAUAAA